ACACACACACACACUGACGAGCACACAUUUACCAGUUAUGACAUGUUAUUGAUACGCUAGUACCAAAAGCGCACAAUAGGACAUUUAUUAUUGACAUAAAAAUAGAAGAAGAAGAAUAAGAAGAAGAAGAGAUGACAUCAACAACACAAACGAACUCACAGACUACUGAAAACAGUAGUAUUUCUAACCUAGAAUUAUGCCUAUACAUCUUAUUGGUUUAUAAAAAUGGUGAAUGUAAUAACCAUAUAUGGUUAUUGAAUGAUGAGACGAUUAAUAUAAACGACACCUAUCUAACUUGUGUAAAGAAUUCUGGCACUCUUCAGUAGAAGAUUAUUCUUUGUGUGAUUGUUCGAAUUCGUAUUAUAAACUGACUGAAACAAGAUGAGUGAUGAAGAAAUCAGUGCUCUUGUAAUCGACAAUGGAUCGGGAAUGUGUAAAGCUGGUUUUGCUGGUGACGAUGCUCCAAGAGCUGUAUUCCCAUCGAUUGUUGGUCGUCCAAGACAUCAAGGUGUUAUGGUUGGUAUGGGACAGAAAGACAGUUAUGUUGGGGAUGAAGCUCAAUCGAAACGUGGCAUUCUAACAUUGAAGUAUCCUAUUGAACAUGGGAUUGUUUCAAAUUGGGAUGAUAUGGAGAAGAUAUGGCAUCAUACAUUCUACAAUGAAUUACGUGUAGCUCCAGAAGAACAUCCUGUCCUGUUGACUGAAGCACCUAUGAAUCCUAAAGCAAAUCGUGAAAAAAUGACACAGAUUAUGUUUGAAACAUUCAAUAGUCCAGCUAUGUAUGUUGCAAUUCAAGCUGUCCUGUCGCUGUAUGCAUCUGGUCGGACAACUGGUAUUGUGCUGGAUUCCGGAGAUGGUGUAAGUCAUACUGUGCCUAUUUAUGAAGGUUAUGCUCUACCGCAUGCAAUUCUUCGACUCGAUUUAGCUGGUCGUGAUUUAACUGACUAUCUUAUGAAGAUAUUAACGGAACGUGGUCAUUCAUUUACAACUACUGCUGAACGUGAAAUUGUACGUGAUAUUAAAGAGAAGUUAUGCUAUGUUGCCUUAGACUUUGAACAAGAAAUGGGUACUGCUUCGCAUAGUUCAUCACUAGAGAAAAGUUAUGAGCUACCCGAUGGUCAAGUGAUUACAAUUGGUAAUGAACGUUUCCGUUGUCCUGAAGCAAUGCUACAACCAAGUUUCUUAGGCAUGGAAUGUGCAGGUAUUCAUGAAACAACGUAUAGUUCAAUUAUGAAGUGUGAUGUUGAUAUUCGUAAAGAUUUAUACUCUAAUAUUGUUCUCUCUGGUGGUUCAACAAUGUUCCCCGGUAUAUCAGAUCGUAUGCAAAGAGAGAUUUGUAAUCUUGCACCGACAACAAUGAAGAUUAAAAUAGUUGCACCACCUGAACGUAAAUACUCUGUAUGGAUUGGUGGUUCAAUUUUAGCCUCAUUGUCAACAUUCAAUCAAAUGUGGAUAACAAAACAUGAAUACGAUGAAUCUGGUCCAGGUAUUGUACAUCGUAAAUGCUUCUAAAUUAAUUUAACUCUACAUUGUAUAUUGUGACGAUAAUUUAUACACUCUUCCCUCAAUCCAUUUUCAUUGUUACCCAUUGUCAAAGCUUUUAUCAUCAGCGAAUUUUCAUUCCCAAAGAACUUUGGAGGCUUUAUGACACUGAAACACCUUGAAUGUGUGUUUUAUUUUUAUUUCCGAAGCUUUUUUUUAAAAAGUUCAUUUUUCCUCUUCUCCUAACUGGUGUUUGUAUUUUUCUCCUUUUCAUUCAUAUACUACUUGAAUGAAAUAAGUAGGUAAAUAACGUCAUUGAAAAAUUGAAUAAAACAUUGUAAAAAACAA